UUUUUGCCAGAAACCCACACCCCGAGUCCCCAGAAUGCUCCUCCUGCUGGCCUCACUUCAGAUCCUGGCUCUGGCCAUGGUCCAGAGCCAAGAGGAUGAGAACAAAAUAAUUGGCGGCUACUCCUGCAUCCAGCACUCCCAGCCGUGGCAGGCGGCCCUGCUGGUGGGUGUCACCCGCAGCUUUCACUGUGGAGGGGCCCUGCUGUCCGACCAGUGGGUCAUCACAGCCGCUCACUGCUCCCGCCCGAUCCUUCGGGUCGCCCUGGGCAAGCAUAACCUGCAGAGGCGAGAGGCCACCCAGCAGGUGCUGCGGGUGGUCCAGAAGGUGCCACACCCCCAGUACAACGCCCGGACCCACGACAACGACCUGCUGCUGCUGCGGUUGCAGCAGCCGGCCCGACUGGGGCGUGCGGUGCGGCCCAUCCCCGUGGCCAGGACCUGCGCCAACCCGCAGACGCCGUGCCGCGUGUCCGGCUGGGGCACCACGUCCAGCCCCAUCGCCAGGUACCCCAACUCUCUGCAGUGUGUGAACAUCAACAUCACCUCCCGUCAGCAAUGUGAGCAGGCCUACCGGGGAGCAAUCACCCCCGGCAUGGUCUGCGCAGGAACUCCGGAAGGCGGGAAGGACUCUUGUCAGGGAGACUCCGGGGGACCCCUGGUGUGCAAAGGGAAGCUCCAGGGCCUGGUGUCCUGGGGGAUGGAGCGCUGUGCCCUGCCUGGCUACCCUGGCGUCUACACCAACCUCUGCAAGUACUACGACUGGAUCCAUCAAACCAUUCAGAGCACAUGAUCGCCGCCCGUGUGAGGGAAUAUCAGUGCCAGACCGCUGCCCAGACCUGCUCUCGCCACGCCAGACCAACGGCUCCUUGGCCCCCCAGCCCUCCUCUCUCAGACCCAGGGGUCCAGGCCCCCAGGCCCUCCUCCCUCAGACCCAGGGGUCCAGGCUCCCAGUCCCUCCUCCCUCAGA